CAAUGGCCUGGCUGCUCUGCAUCGCCUGCAUCCUGAUCUGCUGCCCGGAGCUGCUGCACGGCAAAGCUUCAGAGUACCAGCUGGAGUCGGAGACCCUGACCCAAUGUGAGUUGCUAAGGGGCGCGGCUGUUGCCAAGCAACAAGGUGGCAUCCCUCACUGUACAGAGGACGGCAGGUUCAGACCUGUGCAGUGCAGCGGUCGGGGUCCGGAGUGUUGGUGUGUUGACGCUGAAGGUCACGAGGUCGUCGGGACUCGAACCAACCGCUCUGCUCCAAACUGCCCGUCUCCCUGCCGGCUGCAGUCGGUCCUGCAGUGUUCUCCUUCAGGCCUCUUUGAGUCCGUUCAGUGUGGCAGGGGGCAGUGUUGGUGUGUGGAUCAGGACGGCAUGGAGCUGUACGGGACCCGACAGACUGGGAGACCUCAGCGCUGUCCCGGCAGCUGUGAGGUGAGGGAGAGGCGGCUCCUCCACGGCUUUGGGUCUCCCUCUCCUCCUCAGUGCGCAGCAGACGGCAGCUUCCUCCCCGUCCAGUGUAAAUUCAUCAACACGACAGACAGAACAGAGCUGGACCUGCUGCAGGCCUUCAGCAGGUUUCCAGAAGCCUUUGACACGUUCAGCAGUUUCAGAAAGUUUUUCCCGAUGGUUUCCUCCUACUGUUUCUGUUCAGACAGCAGAGGCCGGGAGCUGGAGAACACAGGUGUGGAGCUACUCCUGUCUGAGGUGUCCGACUCUGCGUUCUCUGGUCUUCGGUCCGGUCGCUCCUUCUCUCAGACAAACAUCUACAGAGUCUUGCAGAGGAGGAUGCUGGGAGUUCGCCUCGCCCUCACCGGACGCUUCAGAUGUCCCUCUCCCUGUGAGGAGGAGCGACGGGCAGCAAUGGAGGCGUUCAGUGUUUUCGUCCCGUCUUGUGAGACCGGAGGAUCCUUCACCUCCAAACAGUGUCAGCAGGGGGGGCAGUGCUGGUGCGUUGACCCCACAGGAAGAGAGCUUCCAGGGACACGACAGCACGGACACUCCCUGGUCUGCAGUUCAGGUCAUGUUGACUGUAAUUCUCAGCGUCGUCUGGCUUUGUCCCGGCUCUUCUCUGGUCCUGUCGAUUCUCUUCUCCUUGAGGCCUCCUCUGGUAGAUCUCCGUCCUCCUGUCUCCCCCUCCUCCGGCCUCUUAGGGAACUCCUGCCAGUGGAGGGGGAUCCGACCUCCUACCUGUCUCACCUGGUCGAAGUCCUCCAGGGUCUCUUCCCCUCGGUGGGCGGAGCUGUGCAGGCUUUGGCCCGCUCCUCCCCCCGUCGCCUCCAGGAGAACCUGUUCGGAGGGAAGUUCCUGAAGAACGCUGCAGCCUUCAACCUCAGUGGGGCAGUGGGAGCUCGAGGAGCUCUCGGUCUGGAGCGGCUCUCCUCUCAGAGUGUCACCGUCAGCCUCCAGAAGAACCAGGACCUGGUCCGAUCUGUCAGCAGAGCCCUGGAGGACCCUGCCUUUCUCUCCGCCUUACAGCACACACUUACGGGGCUCGGCGGCUCGCGCUCCACCUCACUGGAACAGUUUCAGUCAGAACCAUCAGACCUUUGGCAAACACCGUCACCGCUGCUGCUACAGGAGCUGGACGCGCAAUGUCCAGAGAGAACUACGCAGACGCUUCAGUCCUACGCAGGUCGGUGCUCUCAGGUGUUGUCUGAGGUCACGGCGUUCAGAGAAGAGGUGAGGAGCAUCAUCGCUCUCUCUAACUCCUCACACCUCCCUCUGGGAUAUGGAUUCCUGUUGGCUGAGGGUCUGCGUCUGACCCCUGAGGAGCUUCAGAUCAGCCGAUCGGAGGAGGAGGUGAAGAUUUCUGAUAGGCUCCUGGGCCGAUCCAGAGCGGCUCUGCGAUUGGCUGCUUACUCCACUGUCCAGAUGUUCCUGCGUCCUCAGCGUCGUUCCUACCAGACGUUCACGCCGCAAUGUGACGCAGACGGAUACUGGCUGCACACACAGUGUUACCACAGCACAGGUCAGUGUUGGUGUGUUGAUGAAGAUGGAGAGUACGUCCCUGACUCUCUGACCAGCCGCUCACUAAGCCUGCCGAAAUGUCUGACUCACUGUCAGAGAGCUCAGGCGCACACCCUGCUCUCUGGUUGGAUGAAAGGCGCUGACCUCACCACCACCUCACCUUACCACCCAAAGUGUGAGGAGGACGGUCGUUACUCUGUGCUGCAGACAGGAGGCACUGCAGGCUGGUGUGUGAACCCUCGGACAGGAGAGACGAUACAGACAGCAACGCUGAGCCCCGCAGGACAGCUGACAUGUCCCACUUGGUGUGAGCUGCAGGGUCUCCAGUGUCGUCCUGACGGCUCAUUCAUCCCACUGCAGUGUGAUGUCUCCUCCUGUUGGUGUGUCUCUGCGGACGGACAGGAAGUGGGCGGGACCAGGACACCUCGACAGACGGGGCAGACCCCAUCAUGUGAUCGUAGGUCCUUUUUGUCUCCGGGGGUUGUUUUGUUUUGUGACAGGCGGCCGUGUCGGUGCCGUAAAUGUAUGUGCUUACUAAAUAAUUGUAGACCUUAUUGUUCCUGCGGGUUUUCUACUCUACUGGGCGUUAGAGGAACUGCGGCUGCGACUGAGGCUGCUGAUUGGUCCACAUGUUUGUCGUCCUCCCGUCCAGGUCCUCUCUGUCCCGAACCCGUCGUUACCCACGGUGCCCUGGUCUGCCGUCCGGCGGCCGAUGGUCGUCAGAGCUGCGAUCUCGUCUGUCUCCGUGGUUACCACAACUCGCUUCCUGUCAGCAGCUUCCUGUGUGAGACCGAGAGUCGGCGAUGGGACAGAGACAACAAACCGCUGAGUGGAGCCUGCCAGAUCUCUCGGCCUCCGCAGACGGUGUCCUACUCUCAGCUCUGGUUGUUGUCGUCGUCCUGCUCUCAGAUCAGCGGUUUACAGUCUCUGUUGUUCAACUCGAUGACCAGCAGGGGGCUCUGCUCCGCUCAGCUUCCCACGUCGGGCCGCUCGGUGUUGGUGUGCGACGACGCGCCGGUGCGUCUGCAGUGUGACGGCGACGAGGCGCUGAGGUUAACGGUCAAAUGGACCGCCGCCCUGUCUGACCUCCCGACCUCUGACCUCCCCGACCUCCACGACAUCGGCCUGUUCCUGAACGAGUCCAGACUUCUGGAAGGAGUUCGGGGACUUCUGGGCAGCGUCCGAUCCACGCUCACAUUAGAGCCCAAACUGGUUUCCAUGACGACGCCGAGCUUCGGCUGUUCCCGUGGUUACCACCUGGCCAGUGACGGCGAAGGCUGCGUCAUUUGUCCUGCUGGGAGUUUCUCCACGGAGGGGGUGUGUCGUCUGUGUCCUCAGGGAACCUAUCAGGAGGAAGAGGGGCGGGACUUGUGCAACAGGUGUCCCAGAGGUUCCUCACCUGCUGGAGCAUCGUCUGUCAAUCAAUGUGUGACGGAGUGUCAGAGGCGGGGUCUGCGGUGCUCAGACCGAGGCGACUUCCUGUCAGCGCAGCCCGACUUCCUGUCCGGAAGGUGGAGGUGUUUCAGCAGCGAGGGGGCGGAGCUUGAGUGGACCAGCAGCGACAAAGCUCUGACUGACGAGGAGUGCUCAGUUCUCAGCAGGUUUCAGGCUGUUCCUGAAUCAGAUCUGAUUGUCGGAGCUGAAGAUACUGAAGUCCUGCAGACGAUGACCUCUGACCUCAAAACCUGUGUCCAAGCAUGUGCAGCGGAGCUGUCCUGCCACCAUGUGGCGCUGUUCAACAGACAGACUCAGUGUGAACUGUACAGCACACACACACUGAACACAUUCUGCAACACCUCCCAGCAGACUCUUCAGACCAGUGAGUUUCUGGGUAAUCCUCAGGCCGAGCUGUUUGAUUGGCUGAGCUGCUCUCUGAGAGUGAGGGGCGGAGCUUCAGAUCUGCUGGUCAUCAGGAAGAAAGGGGCGGAGUUUUCCUCGCGGCAGCAGCAGCAGAGUUUUGUGAGGAUGAGGAUGAGGAAGGCGGUCUCAGGUGUGUUCAGGACCCAGGUGUUCUCGUCCAGACGGACCUCUCUGUCUGACGCUCAUCGUUUCUGUCAGGACGGCUGCAGCCGCGACACCUGCUGCGACGGAUUCAUCCUCAACCAGAACCGCCUGAACGGAGGUUCUCUGCUCUGUGGUUGGCUGAGAGCUCCGUCGGUCUUGAUGUGUGGUGACCAGGACUGGGACGUGACUGGACGGGGGACAGCCAGUCGUAUCUGUGGGGCGGGGCUAACCUACAACAAGCAGCAGAAUAGCUUCUUGUUGGACUUCGGAGGACAAGAGUUCCACCUCACUGAUUCUGCUCUGCCGGCCGACAGCAAGAACCGCAAGGACUACCAGGCCUCCGUCGUCAGCUUCCAGGCCGUCUACCUGAACACUGACUCAGCAGCUGGGGGUUCCGGUUCUUCUUCCUGUGCAGCAGCUGAACUCAGUCCUCCUCUGGACGCGUCAGUUCAGCAGAAGUUUGAGUCUCUGUCAGACGACGACAUCCUGGUGGAUCCUCAGAAGGAGCUCCCCGCUCUGUCCUUCUGGCUCAACAAGAAGAACUACAACUCCCAGCAGGCACUGCUCUGGUGUCUCACCCGCUGUGAUGUGGAGCUGCAGUGCUCCGUUGCUGACCUCAGGGACGCCGACUCGGCAGGUUUCUUCGGCUGCUCCUUGUAUCCAGACAGCAGAGUUUGUGGAGCCUACGACAAACCACUGACACGACCCUGCCGCCUCCUGCUGGGCAGAUCGCCCAACAACACCUACAGCAAGAGGGUGGAUCUGUCUGGACCAGUGAAGAGUUUCUACCAGAGAGUUUCCUUCCAGAAGAUGGUUUCUUACUCUGUACGCAGCCGAGUCAGUCUGAGAGAAAACACACCGCUGUCUGAGGGGUUCAUGGAGUGUGAGCGGCGUUGUGAUGAGGAUCCUUGUUGUCGUGGUAUCGGCUUCGUACGACACACCAAAUCACCAGGCGGUUCAGACGUGGUUUGUCUGUCUCUGAUCAGUCUCGGGGUUCAGACCUGCAGUGAAGAUGACACCACGACCUGGAAGACUCAGGAUUGCAGACCGUCUGCAGUGAAGACCACACCAGACCCCUUCGGCUGGUACCAGAAACCAGUGAAUCAGUGGAGCUCCUCUCCUGCUCUCUGUCCCCCAUUCAACCUGCCACCAACCACAAACAAUGUGUCUCUGGACGAGUGGCGUCUCCUCUCUGACUCGUCAGUCCUGGUUGACCCAUCUGUCUCUAUGUAUGACGUCAUCCACAUAAGCCGUGACAUCACCACCGACCGGGACAAGACCAGGGACUGGUGUCUCCAUGCCUGCCAGGAGGCGGAGUCUUGUGUCGCCGUGUCACUCAGUGAGGCGGCGUCCGCCACUCGCUGUGUCCUCUACCCCGACACCACAGCUUGUGGGCUAAGCUCCGCCCCUGGCUCCUCCAGACCCGCCUCCUCCUGCAGGCUGGUCGUCAGGGAGCCCGCCCCUCAGGUGUACCUGAGGACAGAGCGGUUGCCGUUGGCUACCACCGUCUCCAUCCCGGGUCGCGGAAUCCUGCAGGGUGUUGCCGUGGAAACGGCCCUGGGCUCAGACCGGACGAAGGUCAUUCAGUUUCUGGGAGUCCCGUACGCCCGUCCACCGGUAGGAUCGCUCCGCUUUGAGGAAGCUCAACCAGCCGAUUGGACGGGAACCUGGGAUGCCACCAAACCACGUCCCAGUUGUGUCCAGCCUGGUGACGUAGGGUCUGCAGCCUCCAGCGAGGACUGUCUCUACCUCAACAUCUUCACUCCUGCUGCCCUGAGGGGGCAUGUCCCAGUCCUGGUCUUCUUCUUCAACCCUUCAACCAAUCAGAACCCAGGACUGCUGGAUGGCUCCACCCUUGCUGCUGUGGGUAAUAUCGUCGUGGUAACGGCAAACUACCGGACCGCGGCGCUGGGGUUCCUGAGCACAGGUGAGUCUGGUCUCCGUGGUAACUACGGGCUUUCAGACCAGGAGGCGGUGCUUCACUGGGUCAACAACCACAUCUCACUGGUGGGCGGAGACAACAAGAGAGUGACGGUGGGGGGGGAGCGUCGUGGUGCUGACAUCGCCAGCCUUCACCUCCUCUCCUCCUCCUCAUCUCCUCCUCUGUUCCAGCGCAUGAUGCUGAUGGGCGGUUCUGUGUUUUCUCCGUCACUGGUUCAGACUCCCUCCAGCUCCAGACGUCAGGCGGUCGAUCUGGCCAAAGAGCUCGGCUGUGUGACCUCUGACCUCACCGCCUGCCUCAGAGCGACGCCCGUUCACGAGCUCAACGCCGCUCAGACCAAGCUGUUGGCGGUCAGCGGUCCGUUCCAGUCCUGGUCUCCGGUCCGUCAGUCGGUGUCCCGGUCCUCCUUCCACAGAGUCGAUCUGCUGCUGGGAACAUCAGAGCACGACGGCCUGAUCAGCCGAGCUCGCCGAGUAAAGGACUUUGAGGCUCUUCAGGGUCGAGCCGAUGGCAAAACGGCGUUUUAUGAGGCGCUGAGUCGCUCACUGGGCGGCGAGAAAGGAAAUGACCUGCUGAAGGAGGCGGCCUCCUGGUUCUACUCUCUGGAUCACGGUCCCUCGCCUGCUGGAUACAACCUGUUCUCCAGAGCGCUCAACAAUGCCACCAGAGAUCUGUUCAUCGUCUGUCCCAGUCUACGGAUGGCUAGCCACUGGGCUAACAGCAAAGCUAACGUCUUCCUGUAUCACCAGCCUGCUGCCGGCGCUCACAGCAGGGCCGACUUGUCUGUUCCUCUGGACGUUCAGUUUCUGUUCGGGACUCCUCGUCAUCCAAUCAGCUCUCAGCGUUUCACCUCCUCUGAUCGACGCCUCUCUCUGGCCAUGAUGACCUACGUCUCCAGCUUCGUCAGGACGGGGAACCCGAACCUGUCCCGAGUGUGGGGGGAGUCGGUUCUGCCCCGCUGGCAGCCAGUCCAGUCCUCUGAGGCCCCGCCCACCUACCUGGAGCUAAGCCCCGCCCUCGUCCAGCGGCAGGGUCUGAGUCAGAGAUCCUGCUCUUUCUGGAGCCACCUGGGAAGCAGACUGACCGGUCUGACAGAUGAGUCGGGGGCGGAGCCUGUCCCACCUGUUGAUCCCUGAGGUCCCAGUGGCUGCACCAUCCAGCCAAUCAUAGACUGAGAAAGACAUCACAGCUUCCAGAUUCGAUUCGAUUCAAAGAGUGAAGAAAAAAACAGCCUGUUUCUGUUGAUCGAUUCUGUUCUAAAUAAUCAAU